UUCAGUCUCCAUUUUGCACAAAAGCAUUUGCUCAUACUCCUUGCCUUCUCCACCCCCACCCAGCAACUUUGCUUCCCCCUGUGUUCUUCCUUAGCUCGUUCCUUCCGAUGGCGGAGCUAAUGGCCACCAUGGUGGUCGGGCCACUGGUGUCCAUGGUGAAGGAGAAGGCCUCCAGCUAUCUCAUGGAGCAGUACAAGGUCAUGGAGGGUAUGGAGGAGCAGCACAAGAUCCUCAAACGCAAGCUGCCGGCCAUCCUCGACGUCAUCGCCGACGCCGAGGAGCAGGCGGCAAAACACAGAGAAGGGGCGAAAGCAUGGCUGGAGGAGCUCCGGAAGGUGGCCUACCAGGCCAAUGAUGUCUUCGACGAAUUCAAGUACGAGGCCCUCCGCCGCAAAGCCAAGGCCAAUUGGCAGUAUAAGAUGCUCGGCAUGGAUGUAAUAAAGCUCUUUCCUACUCACAACCGUAUUGUGUUCCGUUACAGGAUGGGCAACAAGCUCAGGAUGAUCCUGAAUGCAAUUGAGGUCCUAAUUACAGAGAUGAAUGCCUUUAGGUUUAAAUUCCGACCAGAGCCACCAAUGUCGUCCAUGAAAUGGAGGAAGACGGAUUCUAAAAUUUCUGAACAUUCUAUGGACAUUGCCAACAGAUCAAGAGAGGAAGACAGACAGAAGAUUGUCAAGUCAUUGCUUUCUCAAGCCAGCAAUGGGGAUCUCACUGUUAUUCCCAUUGUAGGAAUGGGGGGGAUGGGCAAGACCACCUUAGCGCAGCUCAUUUACAAUGACCCUCAAAUUCAGAAGCAUUUUCAGUUGCUCCUGUGGGUGUGUGUCUCUGACAACUUCGAUGUGGAUUCGCUGGCCAAAAGCAUAGUUGAAGCAGCUCGCAAACAGAAGAACUGUAAUGAAAGGGCUGAAUUUAAAGAAGUUGUGAAUGGGCAGAGGUUCCUCCUCGUAUUGGAUGACGUCUGGAACCGUGAGGCUAGUAAGUGGGAAGCGCUCAAGUCCUACGUUCAGCAUGGUGGCAGCGGUAGCUCAGUUUUGACAACAACCCGUGAUAAAACAGUUGCUGAAAUAAUGGCUCCACCUAAAGAAGUUCAUCAUCUCAAGGACUUGAAUGAAAACUUUAUAAAGGAAAUUAUCGAGAGAAGUGCUUUCAAUUCAGAAGAAGAGAAAAGGCAAUCUGAGCUACUCGAAAUGGUUGGUGAUAUUGCCAAGAAAUGUUCUGGUUCCCCUUUAGCUGCAACAGCAUUGGGCUCUACACUGCGUACAAAGACCACCAAGAAAGAAUGGGAGGCUAUAUUAAGGAGAAGCACAAUUUGUGAUGAGGAAAAUGGAAUUUUACCAAUACUAAAGCUUAGUUACAAUUGCUUGCCAUCAUAUAUGCGGCAGUGCUUUGCUUUCUGUGCUAUUUUUCCCAAGGAUCAUGUGAUUGAUGUGGAAAUGUUGAUCCAAUUAUGGAUGGCCAAUUGUUUUAUCCCAGAGCAACAAGGAGAGUGCCCUGAAAUCAGUGGUAAAAGAAUUUUCAGUGAGUUGGUGUCAAGGUCAUUUUUUCAGGAUGUGAAGGGGAUCCCAUUUGAGUUCCAUGAUAUAAAGGACUCUAAGAUUACUGCUAAGAUCCAUGAUCUUAUGCAUGAUGUUGCACAAUCUUCCAUGGGAAAAGAAUGUGCUGCCAUAGAUUCAGAAAGUAUUGGAAGUGAGGACUUCCCUUAUUCCGCUCGCCAUUUAUUUUUGUCAGGUGAUAGACCAGAAGUUAUUCUUAAUUCUUCCCUAGAGAAAGGAUAUCCCGGUAUCCAAACAUUGAUAUAUUCCUCGCAAAAUGAAGAUUUACAGAAUUUAUCAAAAUACAGGUCAUUGCGAGCAUUAGAGAUCUGGGGAGGUAUAAUCCUGAAACCAAAAUAUCAUCAUCACCUGAGGUAUCUUGAUCUCUCAUGCAGUGAAAUUAAAGCACUUCCUGAAGACAUAAGCAUCCUAUAUCAUCUGCAAACGCUGAACCUUUCCCACUGUAGCAAUCUUCAUCGACUUCCAAAGGGAACGAAGUACAUGACUGCCCUCCGUCACCUGUACACUCACGGAUGUGAGAGGUUAAAAAGCAUGCCUCCGAACCUCGGACACCUCACUUGCCUACAGACGCUUACAUGCUUUGUAGCUGGUGCUUGCUCUGGCUGCAGUGAUUUGGGAGAGCUGCGGCAGUCGGACCUUGGUGGUCGACUAGAGCUAACACAACUGGAAAAUGUGACAAAAGCUGAUGCAAAAGCAGCAAAUCUCGGAAAGAAGAAAAAACUGACCGAAUUGAGCUUAGGAUGGGCUGAUCAGGAGUACAAGGAGGCACAGAGAUAAUCAUAAAGAGGUGCUGGAAGGUCUCACGCCUCACGAGGGGCUCAAGGUUCUGAGUAUAUAUAGCUGUGGGAGCAGUACAUGUCCAACUUGGAUGAAUAAACUACGAGACAUGGUAAAGCUUGUGUUAGAUGGUUGCAAA